CUCUUCAAGUCUUUUCCGUCAGAGAAGAAUGCAAUUGCCAGAAGGAUAUAGCUUCAGGAAAGUCGCUACCGGCGAUUAUUCAAAUAACUACUUGGACACACUCAAAGUAUUAACCACGGUUGGGGAGAUUUCACAAGGUCAAUUUGAAGAUCUUUUCAAAGAAUGGGAUUCAUUACCGGAAGUGUAUCAACCUCAUGUCAUAACAAAUGAAUCUGGUGUUGUUGUUGCAACCGGGAUGCUUCUUAUCGAAAGAAAAUUGAUCCAUGGCUGUGGUAAAGUUGGCCACAUUGAAGAUAUUGCAGUUGCCAAAUCAGAACAAGGUAAAAAAUUGGGUCUUGCCAUGAUUAACGGGUUAUCUGAUUUGGCUGAAAAGAAGGGC